AUGGCUACAGUUGUGGUUCAGCAACAACCUCAGGUUCGACAAUCGACUCCUCCACCCCUCGGCCCGACCAUUUCAUUGAAUCAAGCUCGAUCCUCGACACCCAUUCCCAACAAACAUCUCCCUUACUGUCCGCCCGGACCUGUUCCCUCACAGACGCAAAUCACUCCCCCAAACUCUCCUCCACUACGAAACGUCGCUCCCAAACCCACCUCGCUCCUCCACCCUCCAAGCAGCUACCAGAAGCUGUGCAAUUCUCCGCCGAUAUAUGGCAUCUCGGCCAAACAGCUGGCUGAAGCGGUCGAACACUAUUCGCGUCAACCCCUUCCACAUCCGUCGUCAGUGUUUCCAUGGCUGCACGGGCUCCAUCCUGAAAACCAUAUCCAAUUAGCCUUCUUUGUCGCUAGGAAGAAGUCGUUGCGCAGGAUACCAAAGUGCUUGCGAGGGAUAACCAUCAUCAAGGCCGGUGGUGAUCUGAGUCGCUCGAGGAUCAAAGGAGCCAUUGCCCCAGAUGAAAUCCUUAACUUGUCAGAAGGUAAUGGCCGGGGUUUUAUAGAUUGUGACCCUCGAGAAGGCUUCUCGGUGCGCAAUUUCCAUAUCCAAGCGGUUAAGAUGGCCCUUGUGUCCGACAUUAUCGUUUAUGGCGACGAAGAUACCGAUCACCGUAUCAUCAAAUCUGUUGCUGAGAGAACAGCAACUGUCCAGAAGAAAUGGCGGAAGGAAUUGGAGAGCAUCGGCCAAUGUCCUGAGACUUUUCACACCUUCGUGUUGACGCAGUCAUUCGAGGACUUUGAACAGUCACAUCCGGAAUUGGUGGCUAUCGACUCCCAAGGCAGAUACCAGGACCACACACUCGACUUUCUCCAGCAAGAAAGGCGAGAAAUGUGUGCCAUGUCCAAGGCCUCGGAAAUUUCACAGGCUGUGUUCCAAGGCCCCUCGCCGGGCCCCUACACAAACCCUCCGUCAAGCCUUGAUGAUCCGACUUACGAUCUCUAUGUGGAAGCCAGUGAUCACGCUUCCCUUCCGGACGACAAACUUCUGGCUGCGAAAUUGAAACAGCUCGAAGAACGCGAGGAUGACGACGAUCCUGUCCACCUGACGUUUCCCAGCUCAGGAAGUAUCCUACCGCCGUCAUGGUCCCAGGUUGAAGUCGAUGGCAUCCUGCGUAUGUGUCGAUGGCUAUACAACCUCACUCAUACCAUGAAGCCUGUCAAUAAAUGCAAAGAUGAAGAUGGCGACAUCCAGAUGACUGAAUUCGCACCUCGGCCUCGUCGCGUCCUCCUACACUGUGCAGAUGGAUACACCGAAACAUCAAUGCUGGCCGUUGCGUAUUUUAUGUACGCCGAAGGUGUCCCCUUGCACGAAGCGUGGAUUCGCUUGCACUGUGAAAAGCGACGCAAUUUCUUCGCGUAUCCUUCAGACGUUUCACUACUGAACGCCAUUCAAUGCCGCAUACUGGAUGAAUCUCCGAAAUUUGAUUCCUCGAAGUUGUCAUCCAUUGAAGCGCCUGCCUGGUUGACCAAACUCGACGGUAGCUUACCAAGUCGCAUCCUUCCGUACAUGUACUUGGGCAACCUGACACACGCGAACAACCCCCAAAUGCUCAAGCUGUUGGGCAUUAGACGAAUUCUGAGUGUCGGUGAGCCGGUCUCCUGGACAGAAAAGGAAGUCAACGACUGGGGUCGAGAGAACCUGAUGAUGGUGGAUCGUGUGCAGGACAAUGGAAUCGAUGAACUGACGUUGGAAAUGGAAAGGUGCUUGGAAUUUAUCGAACGAGGAAAACAAGAUGGCACUGCAACACUAGUCCACUGUCGUGUCGGUGUUUCUCGCUCUGCAACUAUUUGCAUCGCCGAAGUAAUGGCAAGUCAAGGACUGAGUUUUCCCCGUGCAUACUGCUUUGUUCGCGCUCGCCGCCUCAACGUCAUCAUCCAACCGCACCUGCGCUUCGUCUACGAGUUGAUGAAGUGGGACGAAAUACAACAAGAGAAACGCGGUGUGGUUGCGAAGAGGGAACUCGAAUGGGCGACCGUGGCGCGGGAGAUCGCUGCAAUGAACAGACCAUAUGCACGGUCGUGA